CCGCCUGGUAAUCAACACCAUCCAGCCAAAUCCUGGCGACGGGACACAGACCAUACCCAGACCCAAUAAGCUACAUAUAUCGACAGACGCCUCCCCGGCCGCCAUCCAGGUGAUCGACGCUCCACAUCCACCACCAUACUCUAUUAUCCAGGUCUGACUUCGACGCCGACGAACUCUUCACACUUCAAGGUCAACAUCGUGAGAUUUUUCCACUCAACGACGCUCAAAUACGUGGCAGAAGACAAUCCCCAUUGUUCUUCAUUCUCCGCUUACCCUCCUACUCUGCAAUACCGCCGUCCUGGCUUUACUACGCUCGACGCCUCAAGUUCUCUCGUCCCAAGGACCCCACCAAAACUCGAGUCUCCUCUCGUUGUUUCCGACUCGACAGGCAUCGUGGACUUCGCAAUCAUCUUCCAUGAUGGAGACCGCCCAGAGCUUUACGGCUCGAAGGUCCGCAGCCUCCAAUCUGCCCCAAUUCUCACUCCCUCCACCAGAUCACCUCUCGCAAAUGCACAAAUAUCCGGCGUAUGCUCCCAGCACCACGCAGCCAUCAUCAGCAGUGGUCAGCAGUGUUCUCACACCUCCAACCGGUCUGCAAAAUGAUCUUAGUCCUUUGGGCGCGGCCAGUGUGAACAGCCAGAGUUCUAGCAGCUCAGCUGCGGGAGUUCCACCAUAUCAACCCAUGGGUGGUUUCUGGCCAACUCCUGGAAACAACUCGUAUACGUACAGCCAGGCGCCUCCAAUGCCUCCAACGUUCGCGCAAGGACAAGGACAAAGUUACAUGGGACGCCCACUGUAUUCUCCAUCCAUGAACUACCCAAAUCGAAAUACACAUUCUCCUGCGUCUGGUGAAGCACUACCUCCACCUCCGUACGAUAUCAACCUCCCUUCAUUUCCUACCAUGUCUGGAGGACAAUCACAAAGUCUGCCUCAACUCGCUCCUCAGCAGCAACAGCAACAGCAACAGCAACAACAGGCGCAACAACAACCGCAAUCCCAGCAACAACAACCUCCUCCGCAGCAAAAUCAACCUCAACAUCAGCAACAAUUGAGUCAAAACAGCAUCAACUCCCAGCAAGCAGUCUCACAGGCGCCACCACAAGGCCCACAGCAUGCGCCCAAUAACUAUGGCGAACGACCUCCACCAACACCUACCAACUACUACACGCCCUCCUCCACGCCACAGCAAUCCUCCUUCCCAGCCUACGCCCAGCAAUCCCCAACCCAGCAAUCUCCAAAUACCUCUUCCGCUCCCUCGAAUCGCAUCUCCCCCGUAUCCGCGCAACCUCACCCGUCAAUGGCUGCGCCGCCAGGCUAUCCCCGACCAUCCUUCAGCGGCUACAGUCUCCCAGCCAUGGCCGGUCCCAUCAUGUCCAACGUCCACAGCCCCGGCAACCAAAUGGCCCUCGUUGGCGGCAUGAACAUGCCCUACCCAGGCCACCAAAUGGGCGCCCAGAUGUACGGCCACCACCCUCAACAACAGCAGCAAAACGAUCGUCCCUUCAAAUGCGACCAGUGCCCGCAAUCCUUCAACCGCAACCACGAUUUGAAGCGCCACAAACGGAUCCAUCUCGCAGUCAAGCCUUUCCCAUGCGGCCACUGCGAGAAGAGCUUCUCCCGAAAGGACGCUUUGAAGAGACACAUCCUCGUCAAAGGCUGCGGGAAGCCGUCUAAUGGCAGUGGCGCGAACGCGGGCGGGAGCCAGUCACCUGUUGAUAAGACCGAGAUCUUGAGUGAUUCGACCGAGGGCGGCAGUCCGGAGGUGAUGAAGAAAGAGGUGUAGAUGAUCAUCUCUCUCUCUCCUGCCAUGACGCAACAUCAAGUACACGGAAUGAUGUUGUUCGUCUCUCGUCUUUUAUGGAUGGCGUGGAUGGGGGCGUACGAAUCUUAAACGGGGAACGGGACUGGACUGUAAAUCUGUUUGCUUGUUGUUGUUGUGGGUGU